AAGAGAAGCCGAUAGCAUCACACUCACACAAUUAAAACAAUUAGGAUGUGAAGUUGAAGAGUCUGUUACUUCUAUGGCUGAUGUAGAUAAAUUCUUAUUGUAUAAAGCUACCGUUAUUUGUCUUAGAGCUAUUGCAAGAGGAAAUAACAGAGAACCUGAUGAUUAUCCGGAAGACCUUCCUUACGAAAUUAGUACUUGUUUUAGAACCUGUACUGCUCUCACCCAGUCUAUCAAGGAAUACGGAUUUAGAGGAGAUAUGACUUUUGAUCAAUUUUUAUAUCCUAAUGAAAUGGUUACCCGUCAUAUUCUUAUUUGGUUAGUUGAACAAGCAACAUCUUUUAUGACUGAUCAACAAAAUAAUGAAGGUGCUAACGAAGGAGAAGCAAGUAAGAGACAAACUGUUCAAGCCAGAAUGAACUCGGUCCUUUCAUUCUUUGUAAAUUCUACUUGGACUGUGAAAAAUCAAAAUGGUACCGAAAAAGUGUCAAUUGAUGUAACCUCUUCAACAAAGAGUUGGGAUAAUGAAAAUAUUCGAUGGAAUAGUUAUCCUGUGAAUUCACAAGCUUCUAUGAAUGCCUUUUUGUUGGCUGCUUUGAAGAGUGGAGGUUUACCAACUGUUAGUAGAGAUUCUGGACUUAUGGAAAAUUUAAAGUCAACAUUUACUGUUGGAGGAAACGCUAAUGAUGAAUUGUGUGAAAAACAUGCCAUGUUGUACUAUAGAAAGUUUGGACCAUACAUUUCCGAACAAAUUUUAGCAAAGGAUCAAAUGGCUUCCACUGUAUUUGAAGAAAAUGCUCGUGAAUUAUUAUUGGAACAACAACGUGAGGACGAAUGGAAUGAUUUGGGUAUUGAUUCUGGAUUAACUCGUGAAGAAUACUUUAAACAAAAACAGCAAAAAAUCAAUACUAAGGUUUCAGAUGUUCUUAAGGGAGGAAGUUCUAAAUUUGUUGACAAUGAUGAUUCUGCAAGCUCUGAAGAUGGAAUGCCAUCCCUUUCUGACUUGUUGCAAUCAUUGAAGAAUAAUAGAAAGAUUGAUACAUCAUCAACUUUCUCAAAGAGAAAACUCUUUGAAAAUGAAACUGAUGAUGUGUCUAAAAAAUUGCUCACUACCAAUCCAUUGGCUCCAAAAGAAAAGCAAAAUGCAGCCAAUAUCGAAGAGGAAAAGAAGAGAAAGGAAGAGGAAAGACAACAAGAAUUGGAUGAAUUACAAUCUGUUUUGGAUAAAGUUAAUGAAAAGAUUGAUCAAGCUGAAACAGCUAAGGAUACUCUUGUCUCAGAAAUGAAAAAACUAGAAGAGGCCAUCACAGAGGAAAAACAAAGAAAGAAACAAUUGGAAGAGGAGUUUACCAUCAACAAGACUGCUGCUAUUGUUUUGCAAGAUAAGGAAAAGAACAUUAAGCAAUUAGAAUCAAUGACUGAACAAGCAGAACAACGAUUAAAAACUCUGAAACAGGAAUGGGAACAACACAGCACACCUCUGAAAGAAAGAGAAGCCAUGUUAAAGGAAAAGAUAAAAGAUCAAAAGAACGAAUACAAGGAUUUGGUAAAUGUUUCAAAGGAACUUCGUGAACAAAUGAAUGAAUUGAUUCAUACCAUUAGAUCCAAGGAAGAGUUAAUUUCAAAGAAGAAACAAGAAUAUGAAGAAAUGCCAAAAGAAUCAGAUCGUGCCAGUUAUGUUACCAGAAUUUUGGAUGUUGUUAAAAAUGUGGAAAAGCAAAACGAAGAAAUUAGCAAGGUACUUAAGCAAAGCAGAGAGUUGAGUGACAACACUAGUGAUUUAUCAGAAAAGCUCGGUAGAACCUUCCAAGAAAAUGAAGAAAAUAUCUUCAAGGAAGCUCAAAAGGAUACUGAAUACAAGCAACUUUACAAAGAUCUCCUUGAAAUUAGAAGUCUUUACGAAGCUCUAAUUGAACAAGUUCAAUUGAACGGCAAGGCUUUGAAUACUAUCAGAGAUUUGGACAAUCAAAUUGAUGUCAUUUCUGAACGUAAUGAUACUCUAAAUAUUGAGAAGAUUACAAAGGAUUUACAAACAAUCCAAGAAGAGAACGUAAAAUUGCAAAAACAACUCAUGAAGUAAAAAUUUUGAAAUAAACCCUUAUUUAUACU